AUGCGUGCUGAGCACCCAUGUCAAAGGGUUACUCCAGAUUUGCAAAUCACACUGGUUUACAUCGUCGGCCAUACACCACCGGGGGUGGACGAUCGCGAGAGCGGCGCUCCAGUGCUGAGCGAGCGUCACAACCUCAGAUACCUCCACGUGAUCCGGCAGUCCUCGGACAUCAUUCGCGGUCAGUUCUUCGGUCACUGGCACUCGGACACUUUUCGCGUGAUUUACAGCGAUACUGAUUCCCCGGUAUCCUGGAUAAUGAUGGCGCCCAGUAUAUCGCCUAGCACGCUUGGAGGUCCUAACAAUCCAGGUUUGAGACUGUACAAGUUCGAAACUAAUACCGGUCAGGUGCUGGAUUAUACGCAGUACUAUCUUAAUCUACCGGACGCGAAUUCAAUCGGGACUCCGAACUGGUUGGUCGAGUACAAUCUGCUCGAGUACUACGACCUUCAGGAAAUCACCGCGAUCUCGACCGACAAAUUUUUCCAUCUUAUCCCUGAGUUCGACCGCUUAUAUUCCCACAGAUACUACGCUGCCAACACGGUUUCACUGCCACGCGAAGUCGAGCAGAUUUGGGGAUGCGGAGGGCCGUUGAACGGAGCUUGCGCCCUACACCAUUUCUGCACGGUGACACGUCUCGAUCCGGAGUCCUACAAGAAGUGUUACACGUCGUACGCGUACGCACUUGCCUCAGACGGUCGUCCAUCCACGCCGAGGCUCUACUUCUCGUUACACCUGCUCGUUCUACUGGUCUGCGCGGAAUUGCUGAGGAACCGGUAGGUUGGGACUCCGCGGUGUUCCAGCGAAGGGGACGGCUGCGAGACGAGCGAGUGGAACGUAAGCUCUCCCCCGGUGCCUCCGUCGCGUUAACGACGCGAGCGAGCGAAUCAGAGACGAGCUGCUUCGAGAA